GCCACCGAACGGGCAAGACAUUCCCGGUAGAUCCAAGACGAGUAGUUCGACCCGUUAACCAAACCCAGGCGUAAACAUACAAAUCCAAUAAAUCCCCAACAGGACCCCAUCGGAGACAAUUCGAGAAGACGGCAAAUUGUUUCUUCAAAAGCUAGGAGAGUUGAGAUAUCAUCCGUACAAAACUGUACAUAUUGGGAAAGAGGAAGAACACAAAAUUAGAAAUAUAACUGAAGGUGAGCUCAGUUCAGGUCGUCGGGGUUCACUGCGGAGAUGAACGGCGGCCCAUCUGGUUUCAACAAUGCGCCGGUGACGCGAGCGUUGGUGAUAGCCUGUGCUCUCUUUACACUUGUCUUUGGGAUUAAAGGGCGUACCGACAAGCUCGGUUGGUCUUAUCAGGAUAUGUUCAAGAAAUUUCAACUAUGGAAGCUAGUUGUAUCACUGUUUUCCUUUUCAUCUACCCCAGAAUUAAUAUUUGGAGCAUACCUUCUGUAUUAUUUCCGUGUCUUUGAAAGGCAAAUUGGUUCGAAUAAGUAUUCUGUAUUCAUUUUGUUCUCUGUCAUAGUUACUUUUGUGCUAGAGGUUGUUGGAUUAAAACUUCUCAAGGAUCCAUCCAUAAAUGUACUCGCAUCCGGGCCCUACGGUUUAAUAUUUUCAUCAUUUGUACCCUUUUAUCUUGACAUACCAGUCUCAACACGUUUUCGUGGCUUUGUCCUUCACUUCUCUGAUAAGGCGUUUAUUUAUUUAGCGGGUGUUCAGCUUCUCUUUUCAUCGUGGAAAAGAUCAAUUCUACCUGGGCUCUGUGGAAUUCUUGCUGGUUGUUUAUAUCGUAUGAAUUUUUUUCGUAUUCGAGGGGUAAAGUUUCCAGAUUUUAUUGCUUCCUUCUUCUCUCGACUUUCCAUGCCAUCCAUUGGGGGCACAACAUCUACAACACCAAGGAAUGCUACGGGAACCACACCACCCUUUUUAGGUCGCCAAGUUCAGGGAAACUAUGCUUCUGCUCCGCCUUUGUCUGCUGCAGUCGAGCCGCCAGAGGAGUCCAUAACAAUGCUGGUAUCAAUGGGCUUUGACAGAAACUCAGCAAGACAGGCACUCAUCCGUGCUAGGAACGAUGUUAAUGCAGCUACUAACAUCCUUCUAGAAUCACAUUGACCAUAUUAGGGCUGUUGCUGAUAUUCUUUGGCUGCAGAGAAUUUAACUUUCCUUUAAGAAAGGAGAAACAAAAUAGGUGGUUAUGGAACUCUUUAACCCCAUGCCUAGAGAGUUGGAUUGCUCAGUCCUUGUAAUAUUCUGUCUCAAGCAAACCAGGGUUUCUUUUCUAUUGCAUUUUCUUGUGUAACCCUCACAUUUGUUUUGUAUUAGCAACAGUUAUAUACAGACAGGGUGUAUGAAUAUUAAUAUUAGCACUGGAUGACAUUCAUUCUCAUGUUUGAACUUUGAAAAAAUAGAAUAUUAAAUCAUAAGUCAUGACAUUAAAGAGAG